UCACAACCUUCAGCCGAGACCUGACUCCUAUAGCCCGCCCGCCAGUGUGGUUGUGGUUAGGUACUACUGCGAUGCACUAAGACACAGGUCAUGCAUUAUCAGCACCGCCACAGAAUCUACAUUCUUCCACACAAUUCCAUGAGGCGCGACUGUGCUGCAGCCUGCCCUUCUUCCAUCUCAAAACCCGUCCGCUCAAUCCAAAUCCAAGUCUCAGCGCCUAAUCUUGACUUGAUUUGAACUUGACGUUUGACUCACGUUUUUGUUUGAGACACUUUCCUCUCUCUUCUUCUCAGUGGGAAUAAACACCCCUCUGUUUUGACAUUUGCGAAUUUCAGCGCUCUUAUCGAUCGCCUUUCCCCCCCCUCCACUUAUUAUUCGAAUCGAAUUUUAGAGACCAAAACCCGUUCAAACUCGCCGCAGCGCAGCCCCGCCGUCCGUCGGGAGACUCGAGAUACAUACACCCUUUGGCGAACAAGGUACGCAUAUAAAAGCACUGUCUUCUUCCUGUGCCAGAUCCUCCGUGUACGAUGUUGUCAUAGUUGAUCUUCUUUGCACAUCAUAUCGUUGUUGCGCGCGUGAAAAUCUGCGUCUUUGUUUGCUUUGUCCGGGCCUUACUAAUAUUAAACAAUAGUCCUCGCCUCCCCUGUUAUCUUGGACCCUAGGGUAACAAAACACAACUCGAACAACCGACACGAUGGUCAAGGAAACCAAGUAUUACGAUACCUUGGGCGUUGCCCCUACUGCUACUGAGCAGGAACUGAAGAAGGCUUACAAGGUGGGAGCCCUCAAGUACCACCCUGACAAGAACGCACACAACCCCGACGCCGAAGAGAAGUUCAAGGAAAUCUCUCACGCCUACGAAAUUCUUUCCGACUCUCAGAAGCGACAGAUCUACGACCAGUAUGGUGAGGCCGGCCUCGAGGGAGGUGCCGGCGGUGGUGGAAUGGCCGCCGAGGACCUUUUUGCUCAAUUCUUCGGAGGUGGAGGAUUCGGUGGCAUGGGCGGCAUGUUCGGCGGUGGUGGUAUGAACCGUGGGCCCCCCAAGGCCCGUACCAUUCACCACACUCACAAAGUUAGCUUGGAGGAUAUCUACCGAGGUAAGAUCUCUAAGCUCGCUCUGCAACGGUCGAUCAUCUGCCCCAAGUGUGAGGGUCUCGGCGGUAAGGAGGGUGCUGUCAAGCGAUGCACUGGCUGUGACGGCCACGGCAUGAAGACAAUGAUGCGCCAAAUGGGCCCCAUGAUCCAGCGCUUCCAGACUGUCUGCCCCGACUGCAACGGAGAGGGCGAGAUCAUCAAAGAGAAGGAUCGCUGCAAGCAGUGCAACGGAAAGAAGACCACCGUCGACCGUAAGGUCCUCCACGUUCACGUUGACAAGGGCGUACGCAGCGGCACCAAGGUUGAGUUCCGAGGUGAGGGUGAUCAAGCGCCCGGUGUCCAGGCUGGCGACGUCGUUUUCGAGAUUGAGCAGAAGCCCCAUGCCCGCUUCACUCGCCGGGAUGACGACCUCCUCUACAACUGCGACAUUGAGCUUGUCACAGCUCUGGCUGGUGGCACAAUCUACAUUGAGCACCUCGACGACCGAUGGCUUGCCAUUGAUAUUCUUCCUGGCGAAGCUAUUUCUCAAGACGCCGUCAAGAUGGUUCGCGGCCAAGGUAUGCCCUCUCCCAGGCAUCACGACUUUGGCAAUAUGUACAUCAAGUUCAACGUGAAGUUCCCCGAGAAGAACUGGACCGAUGACCCCGAAGUUUUCGAGACCCUCCGCAAGGUUCUCCCACCCGCCACGCAGAACGCACCUCCCGGCGAUGCCAUGUCCGAACCCGCCAGUCUCGAGGAUCUGGAUAACACAACUCAGAACAGAGUGUUUGGCAACUCCGAUGGUAUGAUGGACGAAGACGACGAGGAUGGUCAUCCUGGCGGUGAGCGUGUGCAGUGCGCCUCGCAGUAAACCAGUCGGAAGAGAGCGGUGCAAUAAACACACACGGCGAGUGCCAUAACUGCGUCAGUUGCAUGCGCGACUAGGGCAUUUCGCACAUCCACAGUCUUGGUCAAAGACAGUGCAGCUGAGGGUGGACGUCAGUCCUUGUCGACGACGUCGCUUAAUCGUUCAAUGAUACCAAAAUUAGCAGAGGAUAUGGUCUACUAGGAAUUGUGAGCGAGGAUGGUACUGGGGACAAGGUGCAGUUGAGUGGGCACCUGAGUUGAACUUCGAACGAUCUCGUUUGAGGGGUCAGUGAAGGUGGAGGGAGGGGCUUUCGAUCAGGCUUGGCUGGCGUUUUGAGGACAUAGACGAUUCAAAUGAAUUUGGUAGUAGCAGAUGUAGACCAUGAACAUGAUGAUUUGUUUGUUAUUCUAAUAUCGGUUGGCAACAUUUACCAGUAAAGCAUAAGUGACAAGGGAGGUGGACCGAGGAACCGCCAAAGCUUCAAAAGGAUACCUGGCUAGGCUAAGGAAGCAAACUCAGGACCUUGAUCUUAGGUGACAAAAGGCUUGGGC